AUGGAUUUGGAACAACGCGUCAAAGCGUAUCGCUUUGUCGCCUAUUCGGCUGUCACUUUCUCAUUGGUCGCUGUUCUCUCCGUAUGUAUUACCUUACCUAUGCUUUAUAACUAUGUGCACCAUGUGAAACGAAGCAUGCAAUCAGAGAUCGAGUUCUGUCGCGGGUCUGCUAAGGACAUUUGGGAAGAGGUGAAUGAGUUGAAGAGCGUGUCAGCAGCUUCCAACAGAACAUCUCGUCAAGCUGGUUAUGAUUCUGGACCGGCUGGUGGUGGUGCACCUGCUGGUGGUGGAUCUUGUAGUGAAUGCUGUACACCUGGGGCUGCUGGACCUGCGGGGCAACCUGGAAAACCUGGGCGUCCGGGAAAACCUGGAGCACCGGGGGCGCCGGGAAAUCCCGGUCGCCCACCCGUUCAACCUUGCGAACCUAUCACACCUCCGCCAUGCAGGCCUUGCCCUCAAGGACCGUCGGGCCCGCCGGGACCUCCAGGUCCACCGGGAGAUGCUGGAGGCAAUGGAAGUCCAGGGGGUCCGGGAAGUCCGGGAGGGCCAGGAGGGCCAGGACCGAAAGGGCCACCAGGACCAAAUGGAAAUCCAGGAGCACCGGGAGCGCCAGGAAACCCGGGAGGAGACGCGCCAUCUCAACCUAUCACACCCGGAUCUCCUGGACCGGCUGGGCCACCAGGGCCACAAGGACCUCCGGGACAACCUGGAUCACCGGGAAGCAACGGACAACCAGGAGCACCUGGGCCAGCUGGACCCAACGGAAAUCCAGGUUCACCGGGAGGCGAUGGAAAUCCAGGAGCGCCAGGGCAAGCGGGAACACCAGGCGGGGCUGGAGAACGCGGUAUUUGUCCAAAGUGAGUUUCAGCCAGAGGGAAAACUGGAAAUUUGUUAUUUUUUUUUAGAUAUUGUGCCAUCGAUGGUGGAGUCUUCUUCGAAGAUGGAAGUCGACGCUAA